CGACCAUUUUAACUUUGCUCCAGAAAAAAAUUUAAAGCAGUUCGGCGAUGUGUUCUUUAGCGACUGCUCACUUGAAAUCCAGCUACAUUCCCACCCUUUCCUCAUGCAUGCUCAAUUCUCAGCUUCGUAUCCAUGGAGGGGAAGACACUCGCGACGAGGGUGUGAUGCAUCUUCCCUGUCUCUCUACCUUCCUCAGCUUCAUCCUCAUCGCCGUCCACCUCGUUUCCUUCCUCCUCACCAAGCUGUUCACUCUUCUCCUUGAAAGAUCAGCGACCAACAGAGAACUCAGGCUUUUUCCCUCGAACAAUCUUGAAGAUGAGAUCAAGCUGAAAACAGAGGACAAUUACUCUGUCCGCGAAGAAUCACCUCCGUGCAUCUUACGCAGAGAAGGAGGUCUGCUUUUUCUCUCCAAGGAAAGCGCCGUCGACGAGGGUCUAUUCAUUCGAGAUGAAUGUUAUUCCAAUCUGCAGCAUCUGGAUGAAAUAUCAGACAAGGAAUCCUCGUUCCAUUCCCCACUUUCCGUCUUAAUCUGUCAUGAAAAAGAUACCGAUCUCGUUGGAGAUUCUAGUCAUAGUAUCAAAUUCAAGGAUGAUCGUGAUGAUGCUGAGGAGGAGGAAGAAGAGGAGAUCGUCAUUGUGGAUGAACCACAAUGCAAAAGAAGAAUAUUUGAGCUGGAAGAAGACAGUAAGAUAAGAAUGGAAGGUGGACCCAAUUCAUCUAAGAGCUCCAUGGAAGUGGAAUGGAGGAAUUCUACAGUCUCCAGGGAUUCCGACUUGGAGUGUCUCUUCUCCUCUUCAUCAUCACGAAGGAGUUCUUCCAAUUGGGAAACCGACUCAAUUUUCAGAAAGUACGAUCAAGAAAUGAUGUUCUUUGACCGGAUCAGUGAACAAAAACUGGCAGAAACAGAAUCAUUUAGGAAUAUAUUGUUCCAACCAAGAUCGAUCUCGCAAAGGAUAGUCCACAAAAUUACGACGCAGAAAAAAAUGAUGAAGAAGAUUAAGGAGGAAGGAAGGAAUCCAUAUCAUGAUCUGGAGAAUGCUUAUGUAGCUCAGAUUUGCCUGGCCUGGGAAGCCCUUAACUGGAAUUACUGCAAUUUCAAGCAAAGGAUGAAUACCAACAGUCAACGCUCCUACUGCACUGCAUGGAUAGCUCAGCAGUUCCAACAAUUCCAGAUUCUCCUGAAUCGUUUCAUCGAAAAUGAACCUUGUGAGCGUGGCCGGAGACCUGAACUCUUUGCAAGGAUGAGAAUUUGCUACCCCAAAUUACUCCAAGUUCCUGAACUCCAAUAUUCAGAAGCUGAGGAGGGCGGAGUGGAUAUGGUCUCAUCUAAAGAGUUCUUUACGAUUUUAGAAGAUGCAAUCAGAACUUUCCUGAGAUUUCUCAGUGCAGACAAGAACAAUCCUUGUCAAAUGCUUAAAGCAAUCGUUAGGAGAAAGUCUAGAUCGAUGGAUUCAGAUCAUCUUCAUUUGCUCAAGAAAGCCAAUAAGAAAAAGAAGAUGAGGCUUAAAGAUUUGCUGAAGGGAAGGCGAUGCUUGAAAGGCAAGUGGCCCAGCCUGAAGGACGAGGACGAGGACGAGGACGAGGAUGAGAUGGUAAUACUGAUGGCCUUGAUAGACAUGAAGAUUGUUUCAAGAACUCUGAGGAUGGCUGAGAUACGCCAAGAGCAGCUUCACUGGUGCGAGGAGAAGAUGAUCAAAGUGAGAGUUUGGGAUGGCACAAUCGAGAGAGAUUCCUCCCCACUUUUUCCCACUUCGCUGUCUCCCAAUUGAGCGCUGCUCAAUCUGCUCUCCGUUAGCUCAAAUUGUAUAAAAAUUAGGCAUUAAAGACACAAAGGUGAAGCUUCUCAUCAUCGAACAGGGUGGAGGCUCCUGAUAGAAUACUUGGAUUAUUA